AUGAAUGGCACCAACAACGCUGGAUGUGACGGCGCCGAAGUUGAUGUAGCCACCAAUUUGAACGGGACGGCGUCAGGCCCAGAGCCACAGCCACACCAAUACAACCGCCUCGCUCCGAAGCACACCGACUGCCCGUGUUAUGUUGACCCGCGCUGCCAGCUCGCCGUCGCCUUCCAAGAGGCCCGCGACUACUGGGCGCGCCAUCCGGACGACGCCGAGAACGCGCCAACGGACAUCCACGGGGAAAUCGAACAAUGGCUAGUCGACAAUCGACUACUCGAACCCACUCAACCGAUGUGCGAGGAACCCCAGGGUGAAGCCGAAGAACCCUCCACGGGAGAAAGCCCCGCCAAACGCACAGGCUUCAAAUUACUCCGCAUCCGGCCGCUCAACCUGCGGCGCCUCAGUCUUCCGACUCGAGACCGAUCUCCUGCACUCCAGCCCCCGUCAGCAGAAUACGUCCAGCGCCGCAACACCGACGGCGAGGCUCCUGUCCGCGCUGACGAGAGGCAGGAUGACACACCGCCCGUAGUCGCCCCGCUGUCUCCGCGCAAGCUCUUCCGUGGCGCGGCUGGGGUGUUUAUUUCUGCACGGCACAAGCGCUCCAAAGCCUCCGUACCAGCGAGUACCGCGUCGGAUGAAGCACCGGAAGACGCUGUGGACGAUAGGGCGUCUGCUUCCAGCGGCGAGCCGCCGUGCUCUGACGAGCCUGAGGAGAAGCCGCUUGUGGGCGAGGAUGGACCGGAGGCCGCCGAGAGCAUCUACGACGACGCCGUGGACGCGCUAGCCGCGUUCUUCGAUGCGGCAGCUGGCGCGCACGGGCCCUCCGACAUCCGUCACGCAGACGCUCUUAGCAGUCGCCCGGCAGACACGGAAAGCGCAAAGCUGCCCUUCCGAGCAGGCGCUGGGGAAGAAGCAGAUGCAGACGCCCCCGACGGCGUCGACCCCGCAUACGCCGCGCUCAUGCCCAUCCUGCACGAGCUCGACGCGCUCGCCGAGCACCCGCGGCACGCGGCUAUCGCAGCAUCGCACGGUGACGCAGAUUACGCGCACUUCUGGGAGACGUUCGCCCAGCUGUCCGCACGGGACGUCCUCUUCGCCGUGUACGCGCUCCGCGCUGAGGCGGCCGACGGACUUCAGCUGGAGUCAGAGGGUCAGGGGCCCUUGUUGACGGUGUUGGCCGUCGUGUUGGCGCUGUGGGCGUCCGGGGCUUCUAUUCUGGCCGUAUACUUGUAUUGGCAUUUGCCCUGAUCGCCUGCAGCAAUGUUUCUUUCCCGAUUAUCACGAGUUCUCUGCAUCCUCCAUGCACGUACAUCCUCCUUGUCGCACGAUGCGCAAGUACGGGACGUCUAUACGUGCUAGCCCUAUUAUGUGUUAUUUCGAAUAAUACAACUGUAUCAUCC